AUGUAAUAAAUUAAUAGAUCGAGUAAUAAUCUUUUAAAUCAUCUAUUAUUGAUAUUUGCAAAGUAUCAUCAAUUAAUCUAAUAGAUUCAUAUUUAUUUUGCCAAUAACAGAGAAUUAGUUUUCAAAAUGGUUGAAUCAUAUUGAUAAUGAAAAAUUAACAAAUAUGGCAUUACUAAUUUCUAAACAUCUUUAAUUUUUAUCAGAAAAAGGAAAAUUGUAUUUUGAAAAUAGAAUAAAAAAAUUAUCAAAUGGUUUUACAAACAUAUAAAUAUGUUCUCUUAUAUAGAAAGAAUAUUUCCAAAAUUUACAAAAAAUACAAAAACUUUAUUGA